GUUGGAGGUAAAGAGAUGGAAGAGGAACGGCACGAUUCUCAGUGCUAGAUCGGUUCUCUCUUUGCGAGGACGCGUUCCGAACGGCUUGUGUUGUUUCGGUGGAACUUGCUGCCAGUCGAAAAUACUCGGUUCUUGUCUUCCCACUGAUAGACUACUGUAAAGAGAUUCAGCAUGAUCAUGUCUCAGCCUUCUUCACGUCUCAAAAUGGUACAGGCUCGCUUCCAACAGAAGCAGAUGCAGGAAAAAGAGCAAAAGAUGUUGCAACUUUACGAUCAGCAACAGCAGCGAGCUUAUCAAGUGGUCAAAAAAGGUAGCGCUGGAUCGAAGGAUUCUAUGCCUCAGCAACAUUCUAUUACGAGAAGCAUCACAACUACACGCACGACCAGUACUACUCAAGGUGGAAAGGUGAGACAGAUGUUUGACGAACGACGGCAGACAACGGUAAAAGGUAUUGACCGGAGCUAUCCAUUAGAGCCGUUGGAGAACAAAUCCAAGAAGCAAAUUGCUGCGAACGGUGGCCACAUAGCAUCGAAGGUGAAUCAGCCGGGUACCGUGAUGCGAAAGACCGUCACUGUACGACGGACAGCGAAAGCUGAUGGCAAUAGCGGAAACACUAGAGAAAAUCUGACAGUUUCUCAUCAUGAGGAAGUCAGUCAAGAAUCUUUUCGAAAUGGUGAACAGUUCGGAAGCAUGAAUGUUGAUGGCGCAUACCGUGAUGAAAGUCAUCGGGCAACAACGCAAAACGGAGUUGAAAUCGAAGAAGUUCUUGACGAAGAUACGGUGGAAAGGAAUCAAAUGUUGGCAAAAAUUCAUUUAAUGGAAUACGAUAAGAACCUGAGACAUCGCGUCGAUAAUGAUCUGAUCAGUGAGAAAUUUCCGGAUGACUUAUUGGUCAACGUCACUGACAAGUGGUCGAAGAAACCGAUAGCAAAGAAACUGUCACAAGCUGAAGCUAGGCUCGAGAGAUUCAAGAAUGUCAAUGCUAGGAGAAACUCUGCGACUUCAACAGUAACGACACGGCGUUCAGAGUCAAGGAAACGAUCGGAACCUAACUCCCCAUCACCGAAAGCUACUUCUAGAAUACGAAAGAAUGUAAAUUCUGAGUCACCUGGCAGAGUGUCUGCGAACUCUUCUACUAAUCCACCAAGCAGACAGAGUUUACCCUCAUCACCGUCAAAAAGUCCAGACAUCACAUCGAAGCGGAAUUCAGCGAGUCAGAAUCAGAGGCAACCACCGCCAACCCUGAGUCCUUCACCACGACCGUCAUCAAUUUUGUCCCAGGCUUCGAGUAGGACUAGCCCUACGCGUGGUACACACUCUGCGGAGAAUCCGAAGCAAGGAAUGGCUACCAAGGCAAAGCAUCCUAUACGGUCUGCUGAAACGGUAUCAGCAUCCAGUACGAAAGGACCACCGUCGGCAAGAAGUGGACAAAUUGUUGGAAACAGCGAGGCACUUGUAUCGUGCAAGAUUUGUGGGCGUCGCUUCGCCCAGGACAGGGUAACGCUUCAUGAAAAAAUCUGCGCCAAGACUACGCAGAAGAAACGCAAGCAAUUCGAUACAGUACGACACCGAGUCCAAGGCACGGAACUUGAGCCUUUCGCGAAGAAGGUUCCUACAACGGGAAAGCAAGCAGAGCAACGAGGAAAGGCGAAGAAACCGGAAGUGAAAGCUCAAUCGAACUGGCGACGGAAACACGAGGACUUCAUCAACGCCAUCCGAUCAGCGAAACAAGUUCAAGCCCAUCUUGCCGCAGGCGGAAAACUUAGCGACUUGCCACCUCCACCGGUCAGUGACACGAGCGAUUACAUCCAGUGUCCUCACUGUGGUCGAAAAUUCAACCAGGGUGCUGCGGAUCGUCAUAUUCCAAAAUGUGCAAAUAUGAUACACAAUAAACCAAAUCCCAGAGCACCUCCGAAACCGAAACGCUAAGACUUUCAACUGCAGUUCCAAAAAAUUCCGGCUAUGUUUUACUCACACAUAUACUUUGAACGAUUUAUUUUUUAAUACUGAUUAAUUUUUAUAAUACGUAAAUUGUACAAAAAUUCUGAAACGUUGAAAGGACAAUUGACGUCUUCUUGUAAAUGCAUGUAUGGG